UUUUCUCUCUCUUCCCUCUUUCCAGCAUCCUGCUGUGUGCACUCCUCCUGGUCUCCCUCCUGCCUGUGGGGACUGUAGCCCUAUGGAUGCCCCCAUACAGAUUUUCCGUGAGGAGCCAGACUCCACCUGCUCCCCAGGGCCCUGCCGACCCCCCAGCACCAGCAGCAGCUGGGCAGACUAUGACACCAAUGCCACUGGGGGCUUUGGGGACGGCCAGCACAACCACACCAGCAUCUCCCCAGCCAUUCCCAUCAUCAUCACCGCUGUCUACUCGGUAGUCUUCGUUGUGGGCUUGGUGGGAAACUCCCUGGUCAUGUUUGUCAUCAUAAGGUACACAAAGAUGAAGACAGCGACCAACAUCUACAUCUUCAACCUGGCAAUGGCAGAUGCACUUGUUACCACAACCAUGCCUUUCCAAAGCACUGAGUACCUGAUGAACUCCUGGCCCUUUGGUGAUGUGCUGUGUAAAAUAGUGAUUUCUAUUGACUAUUACAACAUGUUUACCAGCAUUUUCACACUCACCAUGAUGAGUGUUGAUCGAUACAUUGCUGUGUGUCACCCUGUGAAGGCUCUGGACUUUCGUACACCUCUCAAAGCAAAGAUAAUCAACAUCUGUAUCUGGCUGCUGUCCUCAUCUGUUGGUAUAUCAGCAAUAGUUCUUGGAGGCACCAAAGUCAGGGAAGAUACUGCUAGCACUGAAUGCUCCUUGCAGUUUCCAGACAGAGAUUAUGUGUGGUGGGACAUCUUCAUGAAAAUCUGUGUCUUUGUCUUUGCGUUUGUUAUUCCAGUUCUCAUUAUAAUUGUUUGCUAUACUCUGAUGAUUCUGCGCCUGAAAAGCGUGAGGCUCCUCUCCGGGUCUCGAGAGAAAGAUCGAAACCUGCGCCGCAUCACCAGGCUGGUGCUUGUGGUUGUGGCAGUCUUUAUCAUCUGCUGGACUCCAAUUCACAUUUUUGUGCUGGUUGAGGCCUUAGGGGAUGUCUCCCACAGCACUGCUGCCAUAUCCAGCUAUUACUUCUGCAUUGCUUUGGGUUACACCAACAGCAGCCUCAACCCAAUCCUUUAUGCCUUUUUGGAUGAAAACUUCAAGAGAUGCUUCAAGGACUUCUGCUUCCCCUUCAAGAUGAGGAUGGACAGGCAGAGCACCAGCAGAGUCAGAAACACUGUGCAAGACCCAGCUUACAUGAGGGAAGCAGGUGGGGCAAACAAACCUGUAUGA